AUGCACGAAGGAGAUUAUCAAAGUAAGCUAGAGUACACACGUUACAAGAGAGACCGUUCAUUGGGAUUGCUUUGGAGAAUCUGCGGAACAUUUUUCGAUGCAUGUUUGGCAUUGGUGGUGUUACUACUUUUUACUUCAUGUACUCCGCUACAUCCAAAUGGACCAAACAUGAUUGAGAUCAAGAUUAAAGCUGAUUCUGAAUUUGCCAAAAACACUUUAGAGUUGAUUCAACAAUCACUCAAGUUUGCCACUUACUUGUCCAAUGAUUUAAGCUCCGUUGUCAAUCUAUCCACCACCACCACCAGUGAUUCCAUCUUACAACAAUUGGACACAUUGUAUAACGGAAACGCAUACCAAUUGAAUCCAUUUGGAUAUUGUCGACAGGACCAAAUGGGGAAAAAAGUGGGAUGUUACUACAGUGAUGGGCUAAAUUUGAUUGUGUGUUUACUACAGGAUGUUGGGUUCCAACUACGUAGCAUAACUUCCAGUGAUGAUGAAAUUGAAAACCAAUUCGUAAAAUUGUAUUACAAUGCCAUCAAUCAAGCAUGUUCAUACAGAGCAACAACAACAUUUCCCUGUGUACUUCAACUUUACAAUGCGUAUGGAAAACUAGUCAAGUGGCUUGCUAUUGCUGGGAUAUGUUUACCUACAUUAUUAUUUGUCAUUAGUGUGCUUGACUUGAUCUUGUAUGCAUUUUUGGGGAUACUGUCAAGUUUCCUUCGUCGUGUACGCUUAGGAACAUUGACAACUUGUGGUAUUUGUUUAAACUUGGUAUAUGUUUUCACCUAUGUCACAUGGACUCAUAUUGGAUUGUUGGUGAAACAGUACGAAAUGGGUACAGUUGUGAUUCAAAAGGAAAAUUGGAUUACGGUGAAUAUCCUUAUUGUUGCAUGUGGUAUAGCUCUCGUGUGUCAAUGUUGCUACAAAAGAAGAUAG